GCGCGCGCUCCGAGCUGCAGCACGCGGAACGGAGCUCCUCUUUGCUGCUUGAGACUGCAAAGGCAAAAGCCGUUUAGGAUAACAUCAAGAGCAGAAAAGAUCUGUGUGCACCAUGAAGUUCGCAGCUUUAGUCUGCUUGGUUGUUUUCCUCGCUGCAGAUGGAGGGUUCAUACCAGUUGAGCAGGAGAGCCAAAGAGAGGACCUGCUUACCCAGUGUUUAGUUCACAUCCUUUCAAAGACGCUGUAUAAGACCGAUGAUAUUCCGCUGGAUCCAGAAUGCAAAAACAUCUUUACACCAGGAUUAGGUCAUUCCUCAGUUGUGAAAAAGGAGGUAGACACUCUUAAACCGGCUCAAGAGGAGCUUAAAAAACCAAGAGGAGAGUCAAAAGUCAAGGAGGAGAAACUCAUAGAUGAUCUUCUCAAAGCUGACAAACAGGAGGAGCUGGAUGUCAAACGUAGCCAGGAAGAGUUCCCAAGUUUUGUUAAAAGAAGAAUCAAAGACAGGCGUGAGGACAUGGAAGGUGAACGUAGCCAGGAAGAGUUUCCAAGUUUUAUGAAAAGAAGAAUCAAAGAAAAAUGUGAUGAGCUGGAUGAUGAACAAAGCCAGGAAGAGUUCCCAAGUUUUAUGAAAAGAAGAAUCAAAGAAAAACGUGAUGAACUGGAUUAUGAACGAAGCCAGGAAGAGUUCCCAAGUUUCUAUAAAAGAGGCAACAAGCAUAAAAGAGAAGAUCCUGAUGAUGAGAGAAGCCAAGAAGAAUUCCCCCAAAAAAGAUAUUUUUCUGUCCUCUACAAACGUGAUAAUCCUGAUGAGGAGCGCAGCCAAGAGGAAUUUCCUGUAUAUGAAUAUAAAAGGAGUCAUCUUCUGACCAGCAGAGAAAAACGUGAAGAGCCGGACUAUGAUAGAAGCCAAGAAGAUUUCCCAAGUUACAUCCACAAAAGAAACCAUGGAGAUGGAGAAGAAGAGGACGAGGAGAGUGAGGAAAGAGAGAAGCGGAUCUGGAAGCCUUCACAUAGAUACCACCACAAGAAAAAGCACCACAAACGCAAUGAGAAUGAGGAUUUUGAAGAACCAGACUAUGAGAGAAGUCAAGAAGACUUCCCAAGCUACAGCCAAAAAAGGAGUCAUUGGGAUGGUGGGCACUACAAGCCAAACAAACACUUGCUAAACGAGCAACUUAAUGAGCACUUAAACUCUCAGGAAAAGAGAUCUGAAGAAUCAGAAGAGGUAGACGAGGAUAUCGCAAAGCAAUACUGGAAACCCACCCAAAGAUACCACCAUAAGAAACACCACAAACGAGACUCAUCUGAAGAGGAUUAUGAGAAAAGGCCCCUGGAAAAAAUGAAUGAGGAUUCAGAGGAGAGUGAUGAAAUGGAUAAAAGGAUCUGGAAACCCAUCUCAGAGAAGACUCACAGUCUCCAUGACUCAACAGACAACGCCUUCAAGCGCCAUUCACCUAAAGAGGAAAAACAGGAAAUUGUCCAUGAGCUUAAUGAAAAGAGGCAACCUUUAACCAGCCAAGAGGAAGAAGGUGAGCUGAAAAAAGGACACCAGAGUUCAGCAGAGGAGAAGCAGGACAGGGAGGCUGCAUUGAGGUACCUAACAAAAAAGAAGAAUGAGUUAAAGGAACUUCUACUUAACAAAGGUGAUGUCUAUGAGAAGCGUUCCCCAUGGAUUUACAGAGGAUACUACCAUCCAGCCUUGUACAAAAGAGGCAAUAAUGUGGGCGAAAGUACUGACCAGCACCCCUACCAUAAACUAGAGGACCUCGACGAGACUCUCCGGUACAAAAGAGGCCUACUAACUCAGGAGGAGUCACCCGAGGAGGAAGAGGGUGUCCCCCAACAGAAGCUUCUCACACCAGAGGAGUUAAAAGAACUUGAGAAACUGGCCUCUGUGGAUCAACAGAUGAAAGAGAAACUUAAUCAUUCCUAGAACCAGCUGAAACAUCAUCUUCUUACACUGCCUGAUUUGAUUUGCCAUACGCUUUAUGUGUGCUUACUUAGGCUGCUUUAGAUGAAUGCAUUAUUAUAUGUCGUACCCGAUUACAACUGCAUUAGAAUGUUGUUAUUAGUGUAAAUCAGUGUUUAAUGUGAGAGUCUUAGAAGCAAGACCGUCUAUAAAGGGGGAAAAAAAGCUUGAUGAGGUUAUGUGCAUCAUUUUUCUCUUUAUUACAUUCUAAAAUAACAUAAAAAAACAAAAUGACCAUGUACUAUUGACUGCAAAUUUGACCGCAUUUUAGAGCAUGCUACUUCACAACUGUGAAAAACGCAGUAUGUUGAAAAAUUUCUGUUGUUCUUUAUGGCCUUCAACAGAACCUCUGCUUACUUGAAUGUUUGCAUUUAAUAAAAUGUGUAAUUAUGGGACCAAA